AUGUCACUGCUUUUUGAUCUUGUACACCUCCGCACCAUCGAGGUCACCCCACAAAGCUCGAAUCUCGACAACGUGUUAAGCCUCGCGUGGACCACUAGCGACAGCCGGCGAUCCUCUCGCCGCACCGAUCAAGCACAGUAUAUCUACUCCGGUCCGCUCCUACGUAACAGUCCAGUGUCAGUACUCGAUGAUGUGGUUAUCAAAUGCAGUCUUGGACAGCUUGUGCGCAGCAACAUCAACUUUAGCAUCGAUCUCCUGAAGGAGCUUUGUCGGGCGCACCACGUGGAAGGGUAUUCCAGGAGGAAUCCGCUUGCCAAAGAGCUAUUCCUACAAGCGCUCCUUUGGCAGUGCGAUCCGCACUGUAAUGCUUGUUCAAAUGGGUAUGUUUUCAGAAGGCAACAAGCGGCGAGUCCCGUGACUCCGCCACGUCGUCAUUGCUUCCCCGACCACAGAGCAUACGCAUCAAAACCUGUUAACGUGCUUCGAACUGAACUGAACGAGGAAAUCCAGAAGAAUCGCGAGAACGUCUCCGCGACUAACUCUAAACGAACGAUGCACAGACGUCCACCGCUGCAGCCCGAACCCGAACAAGAAGAACCCCGUAGAGUGACAUCGCAUUAUGCCCCAGCAUCCGAUCAGUUGAAGACUGAGAUUCGUUCUGAAUGGAAUGAUUACUUCACCGAGGCUCGAUUCCGUCUAUUCUGCUGCCUCGUGUGUUCUGAGAGAGUCUUCGGGCAUAACGUACGAUGGGUGCCUGAAGACGACAUGAAGCGUGAAGAAUCAGGGAUUUGGAAGGUAUUAACCAACUCUACACUACGGACGGACCUCCGACCACCGACUUACGAUUUUUCAGCUUGGCGGGGCGCCCUCAUCGAUCCCCGAGGUCUUCAUCGACCAGAUCGCGUACUCACCCACGAGCAACGCGCUUCAGUGCUCACUCUGUCCUGACUGCUUCAAAAGUUUGUUCCCUACCACAGGGCCACCGACUAAACCCCCUCGGUCGUUGAGCAACGGAUUCUAUCGCGCACUGGAUCAAGUCCCCGCUAAUGUACGAGAAUGCUUCUCCAACGCGAGUCAGCUUGAGCGCCUCGUCACCGCGCGCGCCAGAGCCUACAAGAUUGUGUACAAGCUAACUCGUUUCGGAGAUCCCAAAGCGCAACAAAAAUUUACGCGCGGGAACACCCUCAUCUUCAGCCAGAACACCGCUUCGUUCACCGAUGUACUGCCCAUGUCAGUCGAGGAACUCGCUGACAGUGUUUGCGUUUUAUUCUGCGGAGGGAGUCCCAACCUUGCGGAGUUGGACAAGUGUCGACCCAUGAUCGUGAAGCAGAGCCGGAUCCAAAAGAUGCUCAGGUGGUUGAUCAACGAAAGCAAGAAUCCGGCGUACUCUGCCGUCGCCUUUGAUGGCGAAAGACUUGCCCAGCUCGUUCGACGCAGUUCCGGUACGCUGAACCAGACCUCUCCAGCUUCUACGGCAGUUUCAGCUUCGACUUCGACUUCCGCUUCCGUCUCGGUUGCUCCCCAAGUAUCGGAUCGACAAAUCGCGGAUGGAGACUGUCUCGUGCCCGACGUAGUUUUGGCGAAUGUGGUGACCGCAGAGACAGUGGAACCAACAUCAUCGCUCUUUGAAGGCUACGCAACAAGGCAUAACGACUCUGAUGAACCAGUAUUCGAACACGUCCAUGUGCCGCCACCCCCUACCGACAUGUCAUUCCGACAGGCGACGCCCCUUUGUGGGAAUCUUCGGAUGAGCUCCUGCUCUCGAAGCUGUGGCCACACCUCGAUCCAUUUGGUCUCGUCGGUUUCUGUGUCGAGCGCGACGUCAAGAUUUCUCUGGACGACCACAGCUCUUGCUCGAUCCCUUCUUGUCUGCAAUGUUCAUUAACGUUUGGUACAUACUUAAGAGACUCAUUCAUGUGAAUAGAACUGACUCGCGGACUCGGUGCUGCAUGCCUGAUCCAUGCCGCACGUUCUUAGUAAUGCUAGCUGACGUUGUCAGUCGGUGUUACUCCGUCCGAGGUUCAGGGACCCGUCGCCCCCUCCGGGGGCGCGUUAAUAAAACCGUGAGUCGAGACAAAGAACGUCAAAGAAUGUCAAAGAACCGGAGACAAACCAAAAGACAAACCACGUGGCGUGACGUCAUCGGCAGCUCUCGGUCCAGUGCGUUCCAGCUAGCUAGCGCUGUUUCAGCUUGGGUCGGCCAGCGACAGACCGUUUCGCCUACGUUCGCCGAGGUUCCAUUGAGUAGCACGUGACCCUGUGCAACCCGAAGCAGACUGCGACGACCUGUUUUGCGUGUCUACCACUUCGUAGCGUAGUUCCUUCAACCAUCCAGUUGCCGAAAUGUCAUCUGCAAACUUUUACGUCCCGUCUCCUGUACGACAAUCUUCACGCCGCACGGAGAGCAGAGGGGCAGCGUGAGCGAGCUGAGCCUCUUGCGCACAACCCGACUCCUGCUCUAAUCGCACAGUCGCCGCCGCCAAUCGAUCAACACGACGUCACGCAAACUGGUUCGUCAAGUCAAUCUGCACCGGCAGCACGUCCGAUAGUGUCGACCAGUGCGUUAAUUCCGCCGUUAGGGGCCCCGCCAGCGUGUCACGGCUUGCCGACACUGGGCUUCACUCCACGUCGUUCCGCGGCCUUGCGCGACAUUCUAUGAACCCGGUUGAAACUGAGGCGCAGGCUUUUCCAUCUUUCUCCCUCCUGCUCUUCGCACCUUACCCAUCGCACCUCAUCCCAUCGCCAAUCAUCUCAUCGCAACUCAUGAAAGAAGCCCCAACACCACUCGCGGAUGGCGAACGAACAGCUCUGUCAGUCGAUGACGUCGAUCGACUUGCCGCAAUACGGUCCUGGCCCAGGACACGGCUCAGGUAG